AUGGCGCGGCUCCUCCGACUCUGUACCUGGCUGCUGGCGAUCAGCCCCGGCUUCCUGGACACCGCGCGGGCGGAGUGCAGCCAGGACUGCGCAGCCUGCAGCCACCGCCUGGCGCGCCCGGCCGACCUCAGUCCCCUGGCAUGUACACUGGAAUGUGAAGGGAAACUGCCUUCUAUGAAAACCUGGGAGGCCUGCAAGGAGCUGCUUCAACUCUCCAAACUGGAGCUUUCCCAGGAUGGCACCAGCGUGCUGCGAGACAGUGGCAAGCAGGAGAGCCACUUGCUAGCCAAGAAAUACGGGGGCUUCAUGAAAAGGUACGGAGGCUUCAUGAAGAAGAUGGACGAGCUUUAUGCCAUGGAGCCUGACGAGGAGGCAAAUGAAGGGGACACCGUUGCCAAGAGAUACGGGGGCUUUAUGAAGAAGGAUGCUGAGGAGGACACUCUUGCCAACUCUUCAGAUCUGCUGAGAGAGCUCCUGGGAACAGGGGACAGUCAAGAGGGUGGCCUCCACCACGAGAGCAGUGUUAAUGACGAAGAAGUGAGCAAGAGAUACGGAGGCUUUAUAAGAGGCCUUAAAAGAAGCACUCAGCUAGAAGACAAAGCCAAAGAGCUGCAGAAGCGCUAUGGCGGCUUCAUGAGAAGGGUGGGCCGCCCUGAGUGGUGGAUGGACUACCAGAAAAGGUAUGGUGGUUUCCUGAAGCGCUUUGCUGAUUCUCUGACCUCUGACGAAGAAGGAGAGAGUUACUCCAAAGAAGCUCCUGAAAUGGAGAAAAGAUAUGGAGGGUUCAUGAGAUUUUAG